UGUUGCUUGGCAGCCAAAACAAGGCACUUAUUAUAAGUGUUUUUUAACCACCCAUUAGCAAAACCAAAGUCGAAUCAUCCCUGACCUUUGCGUGGUUUUCCCCUGGGGUAAAUUUCGGAUGGGCAUGUACCUAAUAGGGUCUUAAACCUGGACGCUCUUUAAGGAUGAAGCCAACGCAAAUUGAUACUCCACUUAAAGCACAAACCCGAAAAAUGCCACUCUGUUCAAGGGGAAAACAAAAACUAAAAAUGGCGUGAACGGUUCUUUUUUUCAUUUCUGUAACAUCGUCAGUUAAGCAUCAAGUAUAUAAUUUGUUUUCCGUUUAGCUGGGCAUUAUACGCACUGCAAUUUUAGUUGGUACAAUUUAGGUACCCUAUCUAAGGAUGAGGAUCACACUGGACACACGGGAACUUCAAAAACCAUACCCUAUCCUGCAGUACAUACCUAUAUAGCUAAUAUCUGGGAGCACCCUCCAUUCCGUGGUAUUCCCCCCUGCCUGGGACCAGUUGAAUGUAUCUUUGUUUUGAGUCUUGCAUUGUGUCAGCCUCGUUCCCAAGAGCUUUUCCUUGGGAAUGGGGAUGCCCAUCACCGUUAAUUUUGCUGCAACGUGUAGAAAGUGGUAGAUUAAACAGCAGGUAUCUUGCCCGUGCGGAAUUUGAUUGUUCUAGAGGUAAUUUACUGAUGUUUGCGGUUUUCCUUUCCAUAUGUUUUAGAAGACAACGUACAAGAUGAUUACACCUGUAUAGAGAUCGAAACGAAGCCAAGCGGAGAGGAUUCUGGGAUGGAGAGUUCAGAACACUCGUUAAUGGAAGCAGAACUUCUUCAAGAGAGGAGCGAGGCUUUGAUUGUGGAUGAAAAUAAUACGGACGGUUCAGAAACAGCUGGCGAGCUUGAUGGAUGCGAGAAUCUUGAAGAGUGCAGAAAUGAUACUCUGCUAAAGGAAGAGAAAUCAAGCGAGGAUGAGGUAGAGGACUUUAAACAGUUGUACAUGAAAGAGAAGAAACUCUUGCAUGAAGCCCAAUACCGUAUGAAAGAGAGCAAGUUAAGGAUUGCUAGCUUGGAAAAACGACUGGACGAAGAAUUAGCAAUUCGAGAGAAGCUUGCAGAGAAAUGUAAUGCUUUGCACAAGCAAUUAUGUGAAGAAGCACUUCACAGAGCUGAGGCUGAAAGUCUCCUGGAGGAAGAACGAAGUAAGAUUCGUAAAAUGCAGAAACGGUUUGAUCGUGAGUGGGCGGAAUUCGAGAGGCGUUUGAUAGAAGAACGGGCUGCGAAAUCAGACAUGGAGCGACAGUUAAACGACUCUACGAGACAAAUAGAAGAGGAGAGGGAUACAAAGGUGACGUUACAAAGAGAGUUGGAGGCUUUACAAGAAAGAUUAAUUAAUCAAGGAGAGUUCGAACAACAAAGACAACAACAGCAAGAAACAAUCCACGGUGAAAAAGUCGAGGCUCACCCAGACUUAGAGUCACGUGACUGGAUUAUCAGCCGAGAUGAAGUGGAGGUGUCGAAAGAGAGGAGUCUGGGCACUGGUGGUUGGGGCGUCGUUAAAGAAGGGAAAUUUCGCGGAUGUAGAGUGGCUGUGAAGCAGAUUCAUGAACUGAUUCUCUCCCCACACAACAGGCGCUUGUUUAUGAGGGAGAUGGGCAUUGCCUCCAGAUGCCGUCAUCCGUGCCUGCUACAGUUUAUCGGAGCUACUAAUGACGAUGGCGUACCUUUGUUUGUCACAGAACUGAUGGAUAUCAGCUUGAGAGAUCUGCUUGAGAAACAGCCUCUCGACAAAGCCGACCUCGUCACCAUUGCACUAGACGUCUCUAGAGCUUUGAACUAUCUCCACCUGAACAGACCUCCUAUAAUUCAUCGCGAUGUUAGCAGCGCCAAUGUGUUGCUAUGGCGACGAGACAAGCAAUGGCGUGCAAAAGUGGCUGACUAUGGUACUGCGAACUUUAUGAGACAGUGUAGGACCAUCAAUCCAGGGGCUGUUAUAUAUUCUGCGCCAGAGGCCCUCUCACCCGAGCAGUCGCCAAAGAUUGACGUCUACAGUUUUGGAUUGCUGCUGUGCGAAAUGUGCAUCCGGGAACUCCCAGUGCCUCAUCAGAGUCGGGACCAAAUCUCUUUGAUAACAGAUCGAGUCUUCAGAGACCUGGUGAUGAGUUGCGUGCGCCAAGAUCCUGGAGAAAGACCAAACAUGGCGGAAGUAAUCAGUGAGCUUGGACAAAUGGAACAAAAAAGUUAAAAAUUGUUUAUUGUUAGAAGCCGUGAUCAAUUUGGCUGGGUUAGGUGCUGUGAGUGUUUGGAAGAUAGCUUUUAAAUUUAUGUAUUCAUUCAUGAAUCACGCAUAUAUAAGGUUUCGGCCAUUUCACCACAUCUUGGGAUGCUCAUUCGUGUAAACGUUCAAUGUUGUCCUGUCGGGAUAAAUCGUCUGAAUAGGGUAGGGGUGGGAGGGGUUUUAAUCAUAGAUGUCCUUGGUAAAAGGGUUUGUUGGACUUAGUCAAAAAACAUAGUUUGACACUGGGUGCCGAUGUGGAUUACAUCACGGUAUACAUGUACGGUAUUUCAGUGUUAAAAUGUUCGUCGCUGUGUAAAGCUACAAGAGAUUCUAAGGGCGUUGGAGAAUAGUGUAGACACUCUUAGGUAUGAUCUUCAGUGCGCACUGAAAAAUGAGAUGAUCUGAUAUCGUAAAUCGAUUAAUCGCUAGUGAGAAAACAGAAGGGUGUUUGCAGACAUGUACAAGAUCAUUGGGAAAAAUUAUUGCUACAACAUGGGAAAAGGUUGUUAUAAAAAGUUAACUUCAUAUCACAGAACAACAGUGAUACUAAAUUGAUUCAGUCUAUUUUGAAAAGUAUACAAAAAAAUCACAAAAUUAUUUUCAUAUCACAUAAAAAAAUGCUGAAAUGUUUGAUUGAUUACCGAAUUAUUGAUUUUACUGACCAAAAUGUUUCCGUUUGUUUUCUGGGUGUUCUAGUACAGAAGAAAGGGAAUAGUGACUAAACCAAAGAUUUACUCCCAGACUUGGCGGGAAAGCAGCUAUGACAAAUAUCGUUACUACAUGAUGAUAUGAAUAAUUGUCAAGAUUGUUCCCAAAAUGACGGAGAGAAGAUGAAGAGUAGUCCCUCUUAAGUUUCUUUUACAUUAUUCCUUCCUUUAGGUCCUGGGCCUCAAUAUUUCGCCUCGGUCAGUCGUUUUCGGGUCACGUGGUC